UCCGAGCGACACCAGGUCUUGCUUUGCGCCCGGCUCCAGAUCUUUCCUCGCUCUUUCGACGCAACACAGCCAACCCCAGUCAGUAGAAGGAGCAUCACCAACAGGACAAAAGACGACAACCAUCACGACAGUGUGCGGAUCUCUGAGCUGUUGUUGACUGUCUACUCUGAUAAGGCUCUAAUCGGUUCAAGACGAAACAUUCUACCCUUUUUCUUCUUCCCGGCCCAUUUGUGUCUUUUCGUGAAUCUUCCUUGCGCAUCAGCUGACUGACGGCAUAGUGGUACGGUACCACGAAAGAAAGAUAAUCCCUGAGCUGGCGGGACGGGAGAGAGAGAGGCACAAGGCGUUGAUUGGAUUGAUUGAUUCCCUCUGAUCAGUAUCCUUCUGCUUGGGUUGGGUAUCAGGUAUACCUAACUAAUACCUAUACGUCAGAUUAGCAAGACUCAGCCAUCACUGCUUACUCGGAUACCCUUAAAAAGAUAACACCAUGACAGCCGACAAUACUAAAAAGGGCAUUUAUACACCAGGCACGGUUGUGGAAACCAUGUUUGGUGUGGGAGUGGUGGUAUCUCAUCGAGGCAAGAUUGGAGCAGAAGAAGCAAAAGAAGGAGAUCAGGAGGAUGUGCCACCCAUGGUAGAAGUACGACUCUGGCGAGCCCCGGGACAUUCCAUUGGGACGGCUGCCACGGCGUUUCUCCAACCCAAUAUGAUCAAAAAACAACUUCCCGUAGCUCCUGGAAUGACCACAACCACCAUUGAAGAUAUCCCCAAAAAGGUAUUAGUGCAUUGCUACAAUCCAUCCCAAGAAAAGUAUUUGGUGUCGUACGCCGAUGACGAAGAUGCCGCCGCUGUCGCUGCCAUUCUACCCCAUUUGGCACGGCUCAUGGAAGAUCAAGACGACGACGACGAUGAAUUCUUUGAUGCCGAAGAAGACAAUGAUAAUGAUGACAACGAUGAUGAACCCCUCCCGGAAAAGAAACCCACCGUAUUGCUUUCCUACAGUGUGGCACAAUUACAACCCACCAAGGGAUCCAAAUUUUAUCCCCUUCUCUUGGAACUCAUGAGUCGGGGCGAUCGUGCCGUUGCCCAAGCCGGGGGAUUGUGGAUGCAAAACAAGGACAAGAUUCAAGAUGCCGCACUCAAAUUGGCCGAAACGGGUGAAAAACUGGGAGAAGAAUUACAAACCAAAGCCAAAGAAGUCAUUGCCGAAACGCCCUUGCAACAAAUUGCUACGACGAAUAUAGAACAAGGAACGGCCGAUGCCACCACGGCAGCGGAAACGGCCGUGGAAACCCUCAAGACCAAUAUUCAAGAACGAACACCGUCUCAAGAACAAGUCGAAAAAGUCAUGACCAUGCUCAAGGACGAAGAUUUCACUGUCUUGUUGGAAAAUGGAAAACAACGAUUGGAACAACUCGUCCAAGCGGAUAUCCCACAUGCCACCGAAGAAGCGUUGUCGAAUUUGGGAAUUACCUGGAAUACAGAAACCAGUGGUGCCCGGAGGGAACAGUUGGAAGCGACACAACAAAAAGCAUUGGAAGCGGUCGAUGAUUUGUUGGCAUCGGUCCAACAAGCGGCCGAACAGCAGGGGAUUGAUCUAGGAAAAGACAAGUUAUCGCUCAAAGGACUCAAUUUGAAAGAACUCGAAGCGCAGUUUCAAGAAUUGCACCUCGAGGAAAAGUUUCAAGUCAUGUUUGAUAACUUUGUCGAAGCCAGUAAGAGUGAUCGCCAUCUUUCCAGUAUCAUGGAACAUGUCUCGUCACACACUACCGAAUGGCAACAAAUGACGGGACGAUUAUUAUCCACCAAAUCGGGCAGUCUCUUUUUGGAAGGUGCCAGUCGCAUCCAAGCGCGUGCGGGAUUGAUUCUUAGCGGGGGCCAAUUUGGUCAAACGGUGGACUUGCAGGAAUGGACCCAAUCCAUGACGACCAAAUUCACUAAAGCAUUUACCGAAGGAGAUGCUGCUGUGGCGCGGUUAAAGAGUAUCGAAUUGGGAGAUGCCGUGCGACAUCGAUUGGUUGCAGCCAUUGAAAUUCGGAGUGAUUCCCUUGGUGGUUUGGAUGGUAUCAUUGCACGAGCGCUAGGAACCAUUGAAACGCAGACAAAGAAAACGGCCAAGACACUCCAAAAACGCAUCACCAAAGACAAUAUUUCCAAACUAUUGUCCAACCUGCAAACGUCCGCCGAUGGCAAACGAAAGGAAGCUCAUGAAACACUCAUCUCGGUACUGUCACGCAAAUCCGUGUAUCGUGAUAUUGCCUUGUUGAAAUUAGAGCGAACCUUUUGUGAUUUGGAGGAACAAUUCUUUGGUGCUGAUUGGAACAGCGAAGAUGCCUGGUCUGCCGAGGAUCUGGCCAAAUUGGCUCGUGGAGAAGGAGGAACGGCCAACCUAUUUGAACCCAUUGCCAAACGGGCCAAACAAGAAAUCGACAAACAACUCGACCAUGCCGAGGAAACUGUCCGCAAGCAACAAGAAGCAAAGGGCGGCAAUGACAAAAAUGCUGAACUCGUACUGGAGGCCUUGUCUCGAGUUCGUAAGAUCAUGUCGGGCGAAUUGACCAUGAAUGCCAUUGUGGAGGAUGUCGUGACGCUGCUCAACGACGACAAGAUUGUAGCUCAGGGUGAAAACCUGAUCCAGCGAGGAGAACGGUUCUUGGACGCCAUUGAAGGUGUCGCAAACAUGGACAAUAUCAAUGACCCAACCAACCGGCUCGUCAGCGAUGCCAUGAAAGUGGCCGAAAAGGCAGGAAUCACAAAGGAAUCCAUAAUGAAAGAUCUCGAAAAGAUCAAUGUCGAUGAAGUGUUGGACACGGCUCAAGGAGCUGUCACAGAUGAAAAGAAACGCCUGCUGCUGUUGUCACAAGCCACGGAUGCCGCUUUGGAUUUCUUCCUGAAAAUUUUGCCUUCCAUGCCGGUGCCGCCUUUUGAAGGCGUCAAGGACGGCCUGGUUUACCACUUGUCCAAUCUUUCCAUGGAAGGAUUCAAGGUGAAGAAGGAGAACAUCGUGGUGGAAAUUGCUGGCAUGAGAGCGACAACUGAUAAACGAAAGAGCGUCAAAAGCCUGGAGGCGGCGAAAAAGGCGGUGAGAGAUAUGCCAAAGGAAGCUGCAGCCGGUACCCCCAUCGAGGCGCCGGACUCGGGGUCUUCUUUGCUCCAGGAAGAAAGUAACGACGAAGAAGAGUUCCAAGAAGCCGACCUGGACAUCACCACCACAUCUGAAAUUGGGCAUAUCAAGGCUACAGAACUCCUGAUCAUCGAUAUUAGCGAUGUUGCCGCUGUCAUGGACGGCGCUACUUGGAAUUUUGAACAGACGUACUUUCCCUAUUUGAAGGGGAAGGGAAUCUCAGAUGUUCGAAUGGUCAAUGGUUGUGUGCGGCUGCAGUUUGAGCUCCGAAAACGAAAGCGAAAGAUUCAAGUAGAGAAAGUUGCUGGAGAGGAAGGCGAGACAGAGGAGAAAGAAAUCUGGGAACCUGUUUUAUGCCUGCACGAUCGAAGUUGCACCAUUGGUGAAGUCUUCGUUUCCCUUCAAGGGGAGGGGCGAGUGGCUUGGCUUCUCAACAAACUGGCGGAUUUCUUCAAAGGACCGGUCGGAACCUACGUGGCACGACAGAUUGUCGCUGUCUUGAGCAACAAAAGUGGGGUCAUCUUGGACAAGCUGAACAAUGUCUUGUCUCCUUAUUGGGACCUGAUCCUGUCGACUGCUGGGCUGAAGAUGGAUGAUCUUGUGGAAGCUGAUCACCGCGUAGUUACCGCCGCGGAUGCGGAGGACAACGAAAAUACAGUCGAGUUGGUAUGGAGAGAACGGUUGCCAUUGGGUCUGAACCUCUUGCUCAAUGACGAAAGUGGCCAAGUGAAGGUAGUGGAUCUUCCACGAGGAAGCCAGGCAAGGAAGGUAUGCGAAGCACGAAUGUUGGAUCCCGAGGUAUUCAAAGGUGCCACGAUCGUGGCCGUCAAUGGUUGCCGCUUCUUUGAGCCUGAGGAGGUUUAUGAUGCCUUGCGGGAUCCAAUCCGCCCAAAGACUGUUUUGUUCGAGCUGGCGGAGUCCGAAGAAGCGGAGAGGGUUCAAGAGUUUGUUGCUGAUGCAAUGAAUGAGAAGGAGCGAAAGAUCAAGGAAGCAGCAACCGGAACAACGCCUCUAAAGGAACAAUCCACCAACGGAGAAACAACGAAAAGGAAGUUUGCUACUCACACGUACGAGAUCACUCAACCUGGACAUCUAGGAAUUGAGUUUGGUGAAGCACCCGACAAUUUCGGAUUGGUCGUUACGGGUUUUGUCCCUGCCGAAGACGGCACCGCCCAAGCAGCUGAAUCCAGUGGAAAGAUCCAUAGACACGACCUACUGACACACAUCAAUGACAAGCUAGUAAUUGGAGAGAAUGGCACGGGUCGAGAGAAGGCCUUCGAAAUCUUGCAAUCUGAAGGCAGUUCCCGACCCCUAACACUUACCUUUUCGCCUCCGUACUUGAUACGGCAAGUUUUCGAAGCCUCGGCAACCGACAAGGAAGCCAACCUCGGCGGCCCAACAGAACUUUGUCUGGAAGAAGUGAGAGACGAAAAAACUGGGAAAGGCAAGAGGAUUGUUUUGUCAGGCUUCAAUGACGCUGGCGGUAUUGCCGAGACCAGUGGGAUUUUGAUUGGUGACUACCUAAUCUUUAUCAACGGGACGUCAGUGGGCGCUGGGAGUCGAUGGCUUGGGGAGGGGCCUGCUCCGACCUUGGAGGAAGUCUAUGGAAUCUUGCGAGACCCGCAAAACUAUCCCAUGGGCCUUACCUUUGCUCGACCCAGGCAGACCGAAAACGACGACAAGAGCUGGUCCUUUUUGGGCAACAACAAGCAAACGCCCCAAAAGGACGAAAAAAACCUGUUCAACGACGAGGAUUCGGAAACCGUGGCUGUUUCCACAGAACGACUCGAGCUGCUAGGAUGCGUUUUUGAUGUUGCGGAAGGCACCAACGAUAUUGUUGUGACGGAUUUCUACGCUGUUUCAGGAUACUUUCAGAAUACUCUUUCUCCUGUUGCACGAAGAGAUGGAUCCUCUCAAAUUGUCAAGCUGGCGGUGGAGUCCAUCGAUGGCCAGUUUGUUCCGACGUACGCCUCGAAGGAUAUGGUUCUAAAUGCCAUCAAGCGAAGCUGGUCGAAAGAACGACGAGUAGAAGUGCUGUUCAGCGACGACGCGUGCAAGCAAUGGGUUCACAGCCUGAUGGCCACACCAGAAACCUCGGACCAAUAAUUGGUAUGGUAAAACCGACUCUAGAAGCUACCGAUCGUUUUGAUCAGAUGCCCCUUAGAAGCUACAGCACCCCCGCUUUCUUCGUUCUCGUUUUCAGCGUAUGCAGUCUAUUGGGCACACCUGGUCCCUAUGUACCGUAUCACCUGGUCCCUAUGUACCGUAUCA